AUGUCGGAAAAUCGUUUUGUAAACAAUACUAUCUUAGAGCUCCAAGAAGCCAAUCGCAAUCCAAUAUGUGGUUAUGAAGAUUCACCCGUUCUGACAUUAAAAGAAGCUGUAGAAAAACUAAUUCCACUCGUCCCCGAUGUCUUAGCUUAUGUUAUGACAGCUAACAAGAAAUAUUAUCGACAUUCAGAUUUAUUAAUGCGGGAUGAAUCGGCGGCAAUAUACCUGUAUUCGAUGCCAUCAUCUUUCUUUUCUUCUCUUAACAACGCACUUCGAGCUGAAAAUCGACAUGCACUUAAACCAUGGUUUGCCUACUUAAAAUUGUUUAUGACAGCUCUCAAGAAAUUACCAUCAAUUAAGGCGGUUGUUUGGAGAGGUGUUUACGGUGAUGUCAGUUCAGUAUUUGCUAACAAUAAUAUCGACAUUUGGUGGAGUGUAAAUUCAACUUCGAUGGAUCUUAGAAGUGUUCAACCAUAUCUAGACGAACACGGCACUCUGUUCGCUAUUGAGGUUAUGUAUGGUAAAGAUAUCUCCCAAUUCUCAGCAGUUCUAGAUGAGAAAGAAGUUAUUCUAAUGCCUGGAACUUAUGUACGAGCCAGAACUGAACCACUUAAUUUCAUUGAUCGUCUCUUCAUUGUUCACUUGGACGAAGUAACUCCUCAAAGUGAAUCACAAUCUGAAUCAAACCAUUUAUUUCAAUGGAUAAAACAAGAAUAUAAACGAAAUGGUUAUAUUGAACGUCUGAUGAAUCCAGCAAAAUUUUAUUCAAUUGAAGAGAGUUACAUUAAUUUAGCCAUCGUCGAAACUAAACAACAACAACAAAAAGAAAAACAACUUCGUGAUGCUCUCAAUAAUGAUGCUAUUAUAGGAAGUUUUGAAGAGAUUUAUGGAACAAAAACUACAAUCGAUAUCAAAAAUAUUUUUGAAACAUGUAAAAAUCAAGAGAAAAAAGUGCUGGUGUUCGGACGUGCUGGAAUCGGAAAAUCUACAUUUUGUCGAUAUAUUGCUUAUCAAUGGGCGAUGGGUUCAUAUUGGACACAGUAUGAAUUAUUGGCUUUGAUUCCAUUACGUCGCUUAACAACUAAUCGAUAUCCUCAAUUACCAAUUGGUCAAAACUAUUCUCUGAUUGAUCUUGUGAAAAAAGAGGUGUUAUCAUAUGAUCUAUCCGAAAGUGAAGACAAACUUCUGAAAAAACACUUUGAUGCAAAAAAAACUCUAUGGAUUUUGGAUGGUUAUGAUGAAAUUGUUCAAAAUGUACCUUCACAUUUGGAAUGUUUAUUCGAACAAUUACUUAAAACUCCACAUCAUAUUUUGACAUCUCGUCCGUAUCAAAAUAUAUUAGCUUAUCAUGUACAAAUGGAAAUUACAGGUUUCACAGAUGAAAAUAUUGAGCGAUAUGUGCAGAAAUUCUUUGAUCAAAUGAAAGAUGAACUCGACAAUUCUUUGAACAAAGGCCAAAACUUAUUCGGAUUUUUACAGACAAAUCGAUCUAUCUGGGGUGUUGCACAUAUUCCAGUGAAUCUAGAGUUGAUAUGUAGUAUUUGGAGUAAUGAAGAUUUUAUAAAAACAAAUGAAUUAACAAUAACAUCAUUGUAUUCAGUUAUGACUGAGUGGUUAUGUCGACGAUAUUUAGCAAUGCCAAACAAAAAAAUUCAAAAUUUAUCUAAAGACGACGUCGGUCAACGCUGUGAAAAAGAAUUAUCAUUCUUAGAAAAUCUUGCCUAUAAUGGAAUGAAGAGUAACACUAUAAUUCUACGACCAAAUCUACUGAGAAAGGCAUUAAAUGAAGAAAAAGUCUCUUUACAUGACCAUCCACAUAUUCUCAAUAUGGGAGUUCUAAAAAGUUUUAACAAACAAGGUAUCAAUACUCAAAUUGAAACGGAAAAAGAUUAUUAUUUUGUGCACCUCAGCUUUCAGGAAUAUUUUGCAGCACGAUAUUUGAUUAAGGCUCUCAAAGAUCCUUCAACUCAUCAAGAAGAAAUCAAGUUUACUCAACGAGAAAAAUAUAAUCAACGUUAUGCAUUAGUGUUUAUAUUUCUAACCGGUCUUUCUAAUGAGGCUGAUUCAAACACAUGUUUAAACAUGUUUUGGGGACUUAUAUUAACACCACCGAUCGAUCUCUUUGGGAUAAGACAUAUGCAACUUGUUAUUUCUUGCAUGGAAGAAACAUCAAGCCAAUCAAUUAUUCCACAACACACUUUACUCCUAGAAUGGCUAGCAAAAUGCAUUAAACAUAGUUUGUUCAUAGAAAAUCAAACUAUUCGUGAGCGUCUUGCAGAAUCGUUGCGAAGAGCACCAUCGGUAAUAACCAAUCAAAGAAUUAUAAAUGCAUUUAUCCAUCUACUACAAAAUGAUAAUCCAUAUAUCAGAAUCGCAGUACUCUCAUUCAUUUCUGAAAUGAGUAGUUCAAAUGUAGCGAUUGCACUGAUUAAAUUAGUAGCUACCGCACUAGACGAUAAAGACACAAUGGUUAGAGACAGUGCAUGUAGAGCUCUCGGGAAUAUGGGUGAAAAAGCAGCGACAAAUGAAGUGAUCACUAAACUGGUUAGUGCAUUAGAAGAUGAGUGCUCCGAUGUCAGAGAGAGUGCAGGUUACGCUCUCGGGAAUAUGGGUGAAAAAGCAGGGACGAAUGAAGUGAUUACUAAACUAAUUAACACAUUAGCAGAUGGCAGCGUCAGAGACAGUGCAUGCCAGGCUCUCGGGAAUAUAGGUAAAAUAGCAGCGACGAAUGGAGUGAUCACUAAACUCGUUAGUGCAUUAGAAGAUAAGAGUGAACGAGUUAGGUGGAAUGCAUGCCAAGCUCUCGGAAAAAUUGGUGAAAAAGCAGCAACGAAUGAAGUGAUCACUAAACUGGUUAACGCAUUAGAAGAUGAGAUUGCCUUUGUCAGAAGAAGUGCAUGCCAAGCUCUCGUGAAUAUGGGCGAAAAAGCAGCGACGGAUGAAAUGAUCACUAAACUGGUUACUGCAUUAGAAGAUGAGAAUUCCAAUGUCAGAGACGGUGCAUGCGACGCUCUCGGGAAUAUAGGUGAAAAAGCAACAACGAACGAAGUGAUCACUAAACUGAUUAGUGCAUUAAAAGAUGAGAAUGUCAAUGUCAGGUCAAGCGCAUCUGGAGCCCUCGGCGCUCUUGGUAAAAAAGAAGUGACGAACGAAGUAAUCACUAAGCUAGUUAAUGCAUUAGAAGAAGAGAGUGAAAGUGUCAGACAAGGUGCAUGCCAAGCUCUUGGAAAAAUGGGUGAAAAAGCAGCGACAAAUGAAGUGAUCUCUAAAAUGAUUAUUGCAUCAGAAGAUAAGAGUGAAUCGGUCAGGUCAAGUGCAUACCAAGCUCUCGGAAAAAUGGGCGAAAAAGCAGCUACGAAUGAAGUGAUUAUCACUAAACUGAUCAAUGCAUUAGAAUAUGAGAGUGUCUAUCUCAGGCCAAGUACAUCUAGAGCUCUCGGCACUUUAGGUAGAAAAGAAUCGACGAAUAAAGCAAUCACUACUAUGAUUAAUAUAUUAGAAAGUGAGAGUCGUCGUGUCAGACCAAACGCAUCUGGAGCCCUUGAUACUCUAGAUAGAAGAGAAGUGACGAAUGACGUGAUCAUUAAACUUUUUAAUAUGUCAGAAGGUGAGGGUGAGAGUGGCAGUGUCAGAGACAGUGCAUGCAAAGCUCUCGGGAAUAUAGGUAAAAUAGCAGCGACGAAAGAAGUAAUCACUAAAUUGGUUAGCGCAUUAGAAGAUAAGAGUGAACGAGUUAGAUGGAAUGCAUGCCAAGCUCUCGGAAAAAUUGGUGAAAAAGCAGGGACGAAUGAAGCGAUCACUAAACUGGUUAACGCAUUAGAAGAUGAGAUUGCCUUUGUCAGAAGAAGUGCAUGCCAAGCUCUUGAGAAUAUGGGUGAAAAAGCAGCGACGAAUGAAGUGAUCACUAAGCUUUUGAAUAGACGUAAUAGUGACGGUCGAUUAUCUACAGAAGCUGCAAAUGCUAUAGAUGGUAUUUUUUAUUUGUCAACCGUAAUGAUUGGUUUUGGUCCAAUGUUAAUUUCUAAACUUUGCGUGUAUGGAAGACCAUUAAGGUGCUUGAAAAAUAUUCCACUCGAUGAAUUACUUACAAAAUUUUUCGAUACUCAAGAUGCUGAUUGGUUGUUGACGGCGAUUGAGAUAACAUUCAAGAAAGGUGCUGCUGUGUCUAUCAAUGAAGAUAAAUUGAUGGUGUAUGAUAAUGGAGAACCAACAGAACUACGUGCUCCAAACUUAAAAUUACAUAACGAACUCAUUGAAGCUUUUACUAAUAAGGCAAAAGCACUGCAUUUAUCUCUUGGAAUAUAG